AUUUAUUGUGUUUUCGUUUUUGUUCUUUUCAGGAAUGGACGGUGCUGGCUGCAAGAGAAUCUGCGACGCCCUCAAACACAACGUGGCACUCGAAGACCUUGAUUUCAGUUUUGUGGAAAUCGACGACGAGGGCUGUGUGCACAUUGCGGAAAUGCUGCGCCAAAACAAAGCCCUGAAGAAACUGCGUUUACGCAGCAGCAGCAUCACCUGGUCCGGCUGCAAAUUCCUGUUCAGUUCUUUGGUUUGCAACACGACCCUAACGGACCUUGACAUGAGCCGUAAUUUCAUCGGUAACGAAGGUGUAGACAUUAUUUCGCAACACCUUGCCAAGGAGUCUUGUAUCAAGAAGUUAAACCUGGAAAAUUGUGGUUUGACGGCCUUUGGCUGUGAACCCCUCUGUUGCUCCCUGCUCAAUAAUAGCUGUCUUUUGAACUUGGAUCUGAGUAAUAACUUUAUCGGGGACAGUGGGGCCCGUAAGCUUUCAAAGGCGAUUGAAGAAAACACAACCCUUCGAUGUUUUGGAUUGAAUAUGUGUGAAAUCACAAACGAUGGUUUCUCGUCGAUAUUAGACGCACUGGAGGGCAACAAGACACUGCAUGUGCUGAAACUUUGUUAUAACCGUUUGGGACGAGAUUCCAGUAACCCAGAAGCAAAUUCUGAGAAUCUCAGGUAUAGAAUCAAAAUCGUCACAUCUUCUCGACGAAGUUGAAGCUUUUACUUUGGGGGAAUACCUUCGAGGAAUCCUAGCAGAAUUGAUUGUUGUAAGCAUUCUCUGCUAGUAGAUAAUUAACCAAAGAAGAACAGCAUAUUUCCUGUCCUGACACUAGGGCACGUCGUUAAGCAACUCUAUAGCUUUCCUCGAGUGAUGUUGCUUGGACAUUGAGUGCGUGUUUGUGUGGACAUGAAUAAAUGUGUCUGCAUGCCGGAUGGAUGUCAAUAUAUAUAUAUAUAUAAAUAUAUAUAUACAUGUGUUUGUAUAGACAUGAAUAAUGUUUCUGUAUGUACAUAUCGGCGGGGAGGGGUAUGAUGAAAGCAAAAAUAUAUACAUACCAUAUAUAUAUAUAUAUAAUAUAUAUAUAUAA